ACAAGCCAAGACUGCCUUGGAGGAAACUGCUCUCCUGCACUUCUGAAUCAACCUACUUUGCUUUACUGGUUUUACUGGAAUUUUUCAUUUGACUUUUACUUGCUUGGAAGUAUAUCUAUCAACCGUGAUGAAGUACUACCAUUGCCCAGUAGUUCAGACCAUUGGCCCCAAGCCUUACACCAAGGACUGUGGAAUCCCAAUUACCUGCAAGACAACAGCUGCUCUGAAGCCGGUCCGCAACGUUCACUUCCCAAACGACAUCGUGUUCCAGGACUAUGUUCGACAAGGAGAGAUGGAGAGGAUCGGACUCUUUAUCAGAUCCAAAAGAGUCAGUUUGGAUACCAUGUACCCCUCAGGAAUGGCUGCUAUUCACGAGGCUGUCCUGUCUGGGAAUCUUGACUGUGUAAAACUGCUGGUGAGCUAUGGAGCAGAUAUCCACCAAAGAGAUGAGGAGGGCUGGACUCCUCUGCACAUGGCCUGCAGCGACGACUACCCUCACAUUGCAAGGUACCUUCUCUCUCUUGGAGCAGACCGGAACAUUGAAAACGACUGUGGAGAGAAACCAGAGGAUCUGAUUGACCCAGAUAGUAAGGAGCUGUUGAAGCUUUUUGGCGUCUCUGCAAAUGACUGAAAAGGAGUAGUAAAUUUUGUGUUAUAAACCACACAAAACCAUUGCUAAGUUCUGAAGCUGCAAGGCAGAAAUGGGCAGACAGUGCCAAUUCUGAUCAGAAUCCUGAUUUUGCAAGCUUUUCUGACCAAGACUUCAGAAAAUUGAGGGAGAAAAAGUCAGGACAGAGAAAAGUUGGUCAUGUGAGAGGUACGAACUUGCCUCCAAACGGGUAGAGCCUCAGUUAUUUUAACACUGUAUUGAAUCUACCAUGGCAUCUGCAGCAGGUCAGCAUGUUGUGUAGGACUUAGGAAAGCUUUUAAUGUUGUGAAACAUGAUGCUGUUGUGUUCAUUGCAUUCUUUUUCUGAGCUAAAAAUGCAUAAAUACAGUUGACUGUCUUAACUGGUAAACAUGUUUACAAUGUACAAGAUGCAUGCUUGUUUCUCCUUUGUGUGGACUACAUAUAUUUUUUUAAAUAUAGUUUUGUUUUGACUUUGUUAUAAUCUACCAUUCCUUUUUGUAAUACACUUUAUAUGUUUGUAAUAAAUAUGACAAUGAUUAAAA